UCUUCAGAAAAGUUUUCAUAACAGUACAUAGGCUACACUUCACCGUUGUGUGCGUUUCCGGAUGCUUCCAAAUUUGAAGAAUGUCUGUCGUGCCAAGAUCAGCUUUAUUUGUUUGUCUUGGAAAUAUUUGUAGAUCUCCUAUUGCGGAAGCAACAUUCAAACAUCUUGUAUCUGAAAGAGGUCAAGCUAACGAUUGGGAUGUUGACAGCGCAGCAACAUCAAGAUAUGAAAUCGGUAAUCCCCCAGAUCCAAGAGGUCAAGCAUGUAUGAAAAGGCAUGAUAUUUUCAAGCAUGUUGAAAAGCACAGAGCGAGACAAAUUACUAAAGAUGAUUAUAACAAAUUUGAUUAUAUUUUUGGAAUGGAUGAUAGUAACAUGAGCGAUUUAAAGCGAAUGGCUCCAAGUGGUGGUCAUAAAGCAAAAUUGUUUAAACUUGGAGAAUUUGAUAGUGAUAAAAGCUGUGAAAGCACCAUAGAGGAUCCAUAUUAUGCAACUGGCGAUAAAGAGUUUGAAGAGGUAUAUGAACAGGUCAAAAGGUCGUGUUCUGGCUUUUUGGAUUCUCUUUGACACUUAUUGAUCCAUAUUUUCAUGAGUUCAGAUCCUAUGCCGUUCACAGCUUCUUCCUAUCACAUUUAAUUCUUGUUUCGUUUUUAUGAAUAUGUUGCUAAUUGAAUUAGUUUCAACUGUG